AUGCAGCCAAAUUACACAUAUUGUUGCUCCUCCCACCCUUCACAGCUCUCAUUUUGUGAUGUCAUUUCCUGGUGUUCUUCAUUUCCUGUGUCCUGUCUUGUCCGUGUAGGUGUAGAGUCUGAUGGGACAUCACCACCCCUUGCCACUGUGUACCAGAGGUGUCCUCUGAACACCACUCUCCCACCAGGGGGCGCUGUGACCCUCUCUUGCCUGUCGGACUGCCAGGGGGGCUGUGGGAACAGCACGGGAUGCCAGGUGGCGUCAGGACGAGCCCAGCUGCACAUAGAGUCUGUGCAAGAAAAGGAUGGAGGCUCCUACUACUGCAGCACUGGAGACAAGAUGCUCUUUAGUCUACAGAUCAACUCAGAUGGUUGUGCUGUGGGUGAGAUCCUCCAGCACAGGGUGGUGUUUGUGGGUGAGAUCCUCCAGACGUUGCCCACCUCCAGUGCCUGGCAGUGCCAACUGGCCUGCACUCUCCAUGCCACCUGCCAGUUCUUCUCUUACCUGGAGCCGCAACACGCAGAGGACAAAACAAGUAACUGCACUCUGAUGUCCAGAGACUCCGCCCAGCACUUCUCUGCUAACGCCUCCAUAGAAACCACAUCAGGGUUCUCCCUGAGGAACUGUCCUGGGUGA